AUGAAAAACAACCCUGACUUAGAGAAAGACUAUAUAUUUAAUAAUUUAGUCAAAAGAGACAAACAAGAAAGAAUGCCGGGCUUCAAACUUCAGAAAGGUGACAAAGUAAAAAUAGAAAUACCUAAACGCGACCCAUAUGAAAAUACUAUUGACUAUGACAACAAUGGGAACCCGACAGGUACUCACAUUCGUGUUCGUAAAAAUAGAAGAAAGUAUACAAGAGAAUAUUAUGAAGUUUUAGGCAAACAUGGCAAAAUGUACAGACUGCAAGCAGAAGAUAAAACUACUAUUGUCAGACCUCGUUUCAAACUUGUCAAAGUUCAAGGUGGUAUACUUUCAAAGACAGUUCCUAACAAAUAUAAGACAACUCCUGACGAAUAUGCUAAAGAAGUUGAAAAUGACGACUAA